AUGAGCGGCAAACCCGACCUCGACAUCGCUCCCCAACCCACCCCCCUCUUAUCAGAGAGAUGGUCCGGCGUGCCCUCUCGACUCACCUCAGAAGCCUCCACAGCCCGCACCCGCCUAUAUAGCAACAAGACCUUACCGCACAGCGCUCCCCGCCAACGCCCCGCGCGUCUCCCACCAGGCCUCUCGGAAUCCGACUUCUCCACCGCAGUCAAGGACCUCCGACAAAGCAUCGGUGCCGAGAACGUCGUGAUCAACGACCAGCCGUUGAAGGAUGGAUGGUACCUCGAGCACCCGAACACGCAUGAUGCGUUCCAUGUCGUUGAGCAGGAGGAACUCGUCUGCAGCGCGGUAGUCUACCCUGGAUCGACGGAGGAAGUGCAGAAAGUCGUGCGCUGGGCGAACAAGCACCUUAUCCCCAUCUACCCCAUCUCCAUCGGCCGGAACGUUGGGUACGGCGGUGCUGCGCCUCGAGUCCCUGGUGGCGUGGUGCUGGAUCUCGGGAAGCGGAUGCACAGCAUCUUGAAUGUCGACGGAGAGAACGCCAGCUGCAUGGUCGAGCCGGGUGUGACCUACUUCAAACUCUACGAAGAGAUUCAGAACCGCGGACUUCCACUCUGGAUCGACUGUCCAGACCUCGGAGGCGGCAGCGUGUUGGGUAACGCCAUCGACCGCGGUGUCGGAUACACACCCGCUGGAGACCACUUUGCGAACCACUGCGGGAUGGAAAUCGUACUACCCAACGGCGAAUUGCUACGCACGGGCAUGGGUGCCAUCCCAGGCCCGGACGGCACGGACAGUCCAGUCUGGCAAUCGUUCCAAAACUCCUUCGGCCCGAAAAUCGACGGCGUCUUCUCGCAGAGCAACUUCGGCAUCGUGACGAAGAUGGGGUUUUGGCUGCUGCAUGAGAUGCCGCAUCGAUCGUACUGCUUCACGUUUGCGCAGGACGAGGAUUUCCCGCGGAUCGUGGAGGCGAUACGGCCUUUGGCGCAGAAGGGGGUUUUGGGGAAUAUUCCGCAGUUGAGGCAUGUGGUGCAGGAGUUGAAUGUGACGGGGAGGAGAAAGUCGACGUUUCAUGAUGGGGAGGGUCCGAUGACGAGGGAGGAGAUCCGGAGAGCGGCGAAGGAGUUGCCGUUGGGUGAUUGCAGCUGGGUGUUUUACGGGACGCAGUAUGGCGAUGCCCAGUCCGUGGAGCGACAGUUGGGUGUUGUCAAGGCGGCCUUCUCCGAUAUCGAAGGCACGAAGUUCUGGCUCCCGGAAGACGUACCGCAGGACCACUACCUCCACUCGCGCGUCCAAGUCAACAGCGGCGUCCCCAUCCUCCGCGAGCUCGACUGGCUCAACUGGCUCCCCAACGCCGGCCACCUCUUCUUCUCCCCCAUCACACCCACACGCGGCAAAGACGCGCAGAAGAUCCACGACAUGAUCGUCGCGGGGCACAAGAAAUACGGCUUCGACGUCUUCCCCACCCUCUGCAUCGCCGGGCGCGAGAUGCACUACAUCGCCAACGUCAUCUUCGACCGCGCCGACGCGGACCAGAAGCGCCGCGCUGUUGCUCUACUGCGCGAGCUGGUGGACGACUGUGCGAAGGAGGGUUUUGGAGAGUACCGCACGCAUUUGCUGUUUCAGGACCAGGUGGCCAGGACAUAUGGGUGGGGAGACCAGGCGUUGAUGCGGUUUAAUGAGACGAUUAAAGAUGCGUUGGAUCCGAAUGGGAUAUUGGCGCCGGGGAGGUGUGGGAUCUGGCCGAAGCGGUUUCGGGGGAGGGGGUGGGAGUUGGGGCUGGAGGACGUUGAUAUGAAGGUUAUUGGGCCGAAGUUGUAG